AAACUUUGAGAAAAACACCGAGCAAAACAACAACCCAAACUUGCAAAUAAUUGGUCAAAGUGUUCCCGUUUGUUUAAUUGUUGAUUAAAAUUAGGCGUGACAUGGUUCAUUUUCGACGCAAGUGGGAAGGUCGUUGAGAGGGGGAGGAGGAGGUGGGGACAGGGCGGCCGCGGCGACACAUGGCCACUCUUUUCUAUCUCGAGUCUAAAACCGUGUCGCAUCACGAUCGAGCGGCCACAAGUGCGCGACCAAUGAGGCCAUAUCAUCGUCGCGAGAGUGCGGAUGAAUUGCAGCUAGAUUUUGGCAAGGAUGGAGUCGUAACGGAAAUUCUGCGGAACUUGUCGCGCCGCGAGGGUGUCAGCAAGGGGAGGAGACUUGCAUUUCUUAACGCCUUCGUGAAAUUCUUGCAGGGUGGAAACGCCAAGAAGUAUUCGACACAUGAUGUACUGCUCUGUCUGCGCAUCAGCCUCGUCCACGAAGCAACGGUCGUGCGUCUGGCAACCCUCCGUUGUAUCCGCUAUCUUGUAACGACGGAGGAAGAUGUCAUCGCCCUCAAUGAAACCGGAGUCCCCUUCCUCAUCGUGCGCUGUCUCGACGUCGUCCUCAACAAUUCGUCAGAAAGACUCCAAGCGACCCGUUUGUGUCAACGCUUGCUCGCUGUACCGAAUGGGGCGCUGCAUUUUCCCGCCUGUGUGACCCGCGCCCUUGUCGCGAUUGGAUUUGACGGUCCGGUCGAGCAGGAUAAAUUGCAUAAACUGAGCUUAUCUCUCCUCUGCCAGUUGGCCCUUCUCCAUCCCAUGCAGUUCAUCGAGUGCGGCGGCGUACGCGUCCUUCUCCACAAUAUUUUAGGUUGUACGUCCCCCAUGGUUUUGGAGGCCAUGGUGGGUAGUUUACUCCAUCUGCUCAAUGUACCGGAGACGAGGGACGCAUCUGGCGUGAACCUUCAAGCCCUCGUGGCACCAUUUACUGACGUGCAUUUCAAACAUGGACCAAACGAGCCUUCAGAUAAGGACUUAGAUGAACGUGAAGUAGGUUACCAAUGUGCUAAAACCGCAAUCGGUGCCGUUUUGCGGAGUUGGAGUGGAAUUGCACACUUUUGCCAAAGUCGAAAUUCUGGCCUUCAAGCACUCGUGGAUGCCUUGUACAUAGAACAGUUGGAGAUAAGGAGAACGAUUUUAGACUUAAUUUGUGAAAUUCUUGGGGUAAAAUUUCCCACGUGGAGUGACGAAGUUUCCAUCGCCCUCUCCGCGGUGGACCCGUCUUCCCCUCAGGCCUCGUGGAAGUUGGGGGAAGGCUUCAUCGUGGAAGAGACGCUUUCCGUCCUUCCACACCUCGCAGUUUCAACGCCCAACAUUACAGCGAACCACAUGGCCCUCAUAGUUCUUUCGUUUCUACAACGUGGCCUGUUAGAAGCCCUCGUAGAAGUGAUUGUGACCGGCGACACUUUCAUUUCCGUCCGCGGGACCGUUCUUCUCGGUCAACUGCUCCACCUCGUCGACAAGUUUAUCCCUCUCCACUGCUACGACCCAACCCACUGCAUCCCCUCCCUUAUCCGCUACUCGGCAGAUGUGGAGGACGAUGACGACAUCGUUGCCUCAGCCACUACCACCACGGCUCGGCCCAGCGCCCGGCUGCAGCAACAGCGCGCCAUGGAGGCAUUGAGCGUGUUAACAUCACUGCAAAAAAUCAAGGCGCGUCCUCCAUUUCCAAACUCGCUCUUCCUUCAAGCACAACUCGAGUAUGCGGCCUACCAGCCCAAGGCUCAAGGGAGGUUUGUAAAUAAGUUGGGGCAGGUGCAGGUUAUGCGGCUUUUGAAACGCGACAUUGAGGGAAAUCCAAACAAAUUAUUAAAGGAUACGGGCGUCUUAAACUCGAAGGAUUCCACGACAUGGCAGUGGGACACUAUUCUUUCGCUUAUCAAGUGGGCGCCAUCGGUUCUGAAGAGGGUGGACGAUUCGACCUGGCAUAACUUUCUGAAAAGGCUGAUCGACUAUUUCAAACCGUCAAGCAAUCUCUUUGCCAGGCUGGAAGUGGGGAAAGGACAGUCGAAACUGAUAUCGAAAACUGUGACGGCCCUGGUGACGUUUUUAGCCGAGGAGGUUGAGAAUUUUAGCGGCAGUGUGUUGCUUGAGGGGCUCCUGGUCGACAUUGCGUCGCAGUUGGACGAGGUUCUACGUCAGCCAAAUAAUCCGUGCGCCUGUUUUUUGUCGCCUGUGAAGUUGGAGAGUACGCUAAGCCAGAUUUAUUUUCUUAUUGUGGGGAAACUGACUCACACGACGAAAGGGUUUCGAAUCUUGGAGAAGGGCGACAUCCUCAAGCGCUUCCUCCACCUCGUCUGUCAAGUCCAACAUGAAUGCUACAUCAAACUCAUCGUCGCAUCGUUAUCCUAUCGGGAAGAGUACUGCAAGAGAAUCUUGGCGACCGCGCUGUCCUCUCCUUACGACAACUCGCGCCAAUUUGCAACGCAAUUCCUCCGCGUUUUGGUGCGGACGAAGCUCUCGGGAUUUUCCAAGUGGGGGAUGGAACUGCUCGUAAAUCAGUUGGGGGACCGGAAUCGUGCAAUCGUACUGACAGCAAUGGACAUCUUGGAAGAAGCGAUACAUGACAAGAUGUUUCUCGAGUCGCUGAUCGCCCUUCGUCCGACGUUGACGCAUCUGGGAGAUCGCGGCCUCUUGCUGCUCGUUACGUUCCUCUCGCUCCCGUCCGGAUUCAAGUUCCUCAUGGAGGCGAGCUGGUUGAAGAAUGAGAUUGUCAGAUGGAGGGAGUCCUUCAACAAGAGGUAUGUUGAACUUGUCGAGGUGUUGGUGCGGGACUCUGUCUCCACUUUGCGUCGCGGGGAGGAUGGGAAGUAUCCCGAGCGGGCAUCGAGGAACCAAGAGCAGUCGAAAUUCGUCGACAUUUAUGUUCCUCCACAUCUCUACGGCCAGCUCGCCCAACACAAAGAAGGCCUCGAGCUACUCCUCGAUUCAGGCGACAUCCAGGCCCUCAUUGUGACCGUAAAUUCUAAAAAAUGCUCCAACACGGAGGAAACGCGCGAGCUGAAGGCGGCCUUGUGGGCGUUGUCUCAUUUUGGGACAGCGGUAGACUCUGUGCCGCUUUUGGAGGAGUCGCACGUGAUUGGGAGCAUGGUGGAGCUUGGUCGCUUUUGUCCCAUUUUGUCCGUCCGCCACACCGUGUUUCACUGCCUCUGCUUGAUCUGCGUGACGAUGAUAGGGUCCGAGGUCUUACGGAAGUGGGGGUGGCAUGCGAUGCCACGAAGUCAUCACGAAACGUUUACGAUUUGGAGCCCAGAAAUGUUUGCGGGCGAUGAAACUCGUCGCUUGUUGAGGCUUCGAGUGGAGGCUGAGUUACCAGAAGAAGAACAGCAACCAGAUGAAGACGACGACGAUGAAAAAACUUCUUUAGCUGACGCAUAUUCCGCCCACGGACUAAACGAGGAAGAAGAAUCGGAAGAGCUCCUCCUGGCGAUGGAGGAAGAGGGCGCAAACGAAGAAUUGUUGAAGGCAUGUUCCCUCACGACGACCGGGGCAUCAUCGCCCCUCCGCUGGAGCCACUUCCAUCACCGAUCACAUUCGGACUCGCACACGUUGUCGUCCUCCCAGGGACAUCGGAGGAGGACGAGCAGCAGAGGGAGCGCAAGUGGAAAUGGGAGGCGCCGAGGUCUCCCUCCCAUUUCGGCCGAUGGUGCCAGCAGUAGCUCUCUCGGACCCACAUUUUACUCUCGGUGGAGGAAAGACAGCGCGACAGAGUCGACAACCAGCGGCGUUUCGUCAUCUGAUUCGAUGACCAUGACCAUGACGAUGACGACUCAGGCGCAGAUACAGCAACAAAUUGUAGGACAUACGUUGAGUCCGAUUCCAUCCUCGGCAAGUAUUGCGACGACAGGAGACCCGCAAAGUCCGCCUUCGAGAGGAUCCAGCCGAGCUACAUUGACUGAGCCAGUCGUAGGGAGUAGUAGCCUCGGCACUAGUGGGCGUUGGGGAUCACCUCUCCAUCGCAGUUUGCGCAUCCGGAAGCCCGUAAUUCGCAUGCCGUCUAUGGCUGGUGGGGAUCACGACUACGGAAACUAUAUUGGUCCCGGAGGUGCGCGAAGGUCUGGGAGUUCACUGAUGAUGUUGAAAACUGGUUCUCUCGACCGCCACCUCAUCCUCUCGCCGGGUGAUUUGUUCGAGGCGAAUAAGUUGGCCCGGGUCAAUUCUUCACUGACUUCGCUAUCUACGCCGUCUUUCCGAGUCAGGCCCGAGUCAGAAAUGAGGGGUCCGUGCUAUAUGGGAUUGUGUGUUCCGGACGAUUUUGGCGCCAUAUUUCUGACCGAUUCGUCCAUUCCAUUGCACGUGAGGAUGACCUCUGUCCCUGGAGAGGACGCGAAGGAACCGAGACUCGGAGAGUCGUUUGAGUUUCAUACCGUGACGAACUGUCUGGGCUGCUAUAGGUUGCGAGAGCACGUUGUCGACACGACGUCGGCGAUGGAGGAUGAUGAAAUUUUUGGUUUAACGGAGAAGUUAACAUCCCUCGGCGUUGGAAGCAUCGAGGGGUUGACGGACGCCGAGGUCGUGGCGAAUGGGGCGGUCCUGUUGAGAAGAGAGAUUUUAAGGCUGGUCUCGAACCUUAUUUGCUGCGUGGGGGCGAAAGCGAACGAGCAAGGGUUACUGAGACUGAAACAAAAGUUCCCAUCGGCCUUCCAAGACUUGUGUUUGUACACAGAGCUAAGCGUCGUAAUGAGCAAAUACAACCUGCGUCUCCUCCUCCGACGUUUCCUCCAAGAACUCUUCUUAGACAACACGUUUACCGCUUUUUACGAAGUGGCGGAACUUAUCGUGGGCAAGUGGGAGGAGUGCGAGGAAGACGAGAACGUUGACAAGUUGGUGGAGGAAGUGAACGAAGAAACGUAGUGAAUCAUGGAAUGGCUGCUAACUAUUAUUUCAUAUUAAUUUAUUUUAUGCGCUUAUCCAUCCCGAUGAUCGAAUUGCUUAUCGUUCAUAUAACUUAUCCUGCUGUGAUUUCCUUUUCUAUUCCGGUUAAAUAAAUGUUAAGAGUUUGACAAUGAAAA